AUAUUUUGAUAAAUGUUUUAAAUUAAAAAGUUCAAGUUAAGUCGAGAGGGCGCAUAGAAGAUGUAGUUAGCUAAAAGUCUAAGCUCGGUACAUCGUUAGUCGUUACCUGCUUUUAAAUUAUAGAAAAUCGCGGUCACUUACAACGUAAGUUCCCAAAAUAUGCUUUUUAUCGAUUCAUAUACUUUGGGCGUGUAUAUGAUAAGCCGUAGUUCUUGGCAUCAUAGUAACCUACCACCAUCGUGUUACAAUAUGUCCGUCACUUUUUUUUGUAUACAUUGAAAGUGACCCUGCUUCUUUAAUCUAUUCUAUGCUCGCACUAACAGACGGAGUACCAAUUUGCAGCGAGCCGAUGUGAGAGCGCUAUUUGUCUUGACUUGGGCCUGGCUGCCUUUUCACAUGCGCAUUAGAUUUCCCAGUUUUGUAGUAUAAUAUACAUAUAUAUAAACAUUUAUUUAUGUAUGUAUAUAAAACGUUGAUCGUUACCGCAUUACCCACCAGCAUCAUACCGGGUAUAUGGUACUUACAGCAGGUAUAUUUUGUAGCGUAUGGCAUGAUAAAUGAUAAUGGCCACUGGCCGGUAGGUCGAACCCGACAAAAAAAAGAGGCCGCCGGAGAGGGAAAUCGGUAAAUAAAUAAUAAUACAAAGUUCAAGGAUCAAAUUCUGUAACGUUAACGUUUUAAUACUUCCAUAUUAUAAUAGUUAUAAGUGUUGUGUAAUAUUAUUCGCAUUCUUUAUGUUAAGUAAUAAUUGACAAUUAUGUGUUUCAAUACUCGGUUAAACUUCAUACAUUUUUGGUCUGAUUAAGUGCAUAUUUCAAUAUUUGUUUAUUAAAAUAGUGCAAACCAUCUCCCAAAAAUGUUUUCGAAUUACGUUAAUUUAUUGUUAAUGCAUUACACUUGAUACCGCAAGUGGCUAGUUAUUUUGAAUUAAUUUUUUUUUACAUCAAAUCGCUAUCAACAUCAUCAUCAUGUUUGAUCAUGAAUAUCUUAAUAAAGACCAUCUAAACGGAUUUGACAAUUAUAAAUACAGCGUAAUCGAUACAAAUCCACUGGGUGUUUACAUCAUGCAUCCUUUUUGGAAUACCAUAAUUAAAUUUACCCCUAGAUGGAUUGCACCUAAUUUAUUAACUUUUGUUGGUUUCCUUUUUACUGUGGCGGCUUCACUACUACUCUCUUAUUAUGAUUAUGGUUUCUAUGCUUCGGGAAGCUUAUAUAAAGGCACUCCAAUACCAAACUGGGUAUUCGGAGUUGUAUCUUUAUUUAUGUUCAUAUCUUAUUCAUUAGAUGGGUUAGAUGGAAAACAAGCAAGACGUACAGGCACUAGCAGUCCCUUAGGAGAAUUGUUUGAUCAUGGUUUAGAUUCGUGGACAACGGUUUUUAUACCAACAGCAUUGUAUUCUAUAUUUGGACGGGAUGAUCCAACUACUAUUCAACCAAUACGAAUGUAUUUGAUAUGUUUAAUGGUCUUUAUAAACUUUUAUCUAGCACAUUGGGAAAAGUAUAACACAGGAGUAUUAUAUUUGCCAUGGAGUUAUGAUUUUUCAAUGGUUGGUUUGGUAUUCUUUUUUGCAAUUACUGCAUUUGUAGGACCAGAAAAGUGGAAAAUGACUGUGAUAAAAGAACUUUCAUUUGGUCAUGUUACAGAGAUAACAUUUUAUUUUGCAACAUUCAUAGCUAAUGUUCCAGUUUCUAUAUACAACAUUUAUGUAUGUUAUAGAGAUAAAACUGGAAAAAAUCUAAGUCUGUACGAAGGAAAUCGGCCCUUAAUUCCUUUAACUGUGUUUUUAUCUUUGUGUUUGAUUUGGAUUAAAUUCUCACCCACUAAUAUUCUCGAACGAGACCCAAGAAUGUUUUUUAUGAUGAGUGGAGCUAUAUUUUCUAAUAUAUCUUGUCGUUUGAUUGUUGCUCAAAUGAGUAAAACACGUUGUGCUGGCCAUAAUACAUUAUUGACUUACUUGGCUAUAGCUAUAGCUACUUCUAUUGUUUUACCUUCUUUUGAGCUGAUGGUAAUGUACGUCAUGGCGAUAUUAAGUUUUAUGACUCAUAUCCAUUAUGGUGCAAAUGUGGUAAAGCAAAUGGCUGACCAUUUCAACAUUAAAUGUUUCAAAAUACCAAUCACAAAGAAUGCAAAAUAGUCAUUAUUCAAAAACAAUUUAAUUACAAAAUUAUAAUUGUGUUGAGUACUAAAAUUAGUACUACUGGCAUAAUUGAAGGAGUUUAUACCAUACAAUUACAUUAAAUUGAAUCUUUGCACCAUAAGUAAAUGUGAUAUAAUAAAAAUCACAACUAAUUUUAUAAUAUCACACUAUCAUUACAUUACUACUUUGUACCAAAUAAUUUAGGUUUAAACUUAAAAUUAAAGAAAUAUGAUAAUUUAUUUGUUAUUAUUGCUAGAAUACAUCAA